AUGGUUUCAACUUCCAAUCUAUUAUUUAUUACUGCAUUAUGUUUUGUUCUGAUGCAAAUGAAUUCAUCGACAAUAGUCGAUGGUUCAUAUUCAUUAUUGAUGGAGAAAGACAACAACGAUAAACAAGAACAUCAUGAUAAUGGUUAUCCUGGAUAUCUACAACAGCGUUCAACUCAUUUACAAAGUCCAUCAGCAUCUUUUAAAGAUCUAUUGAAUAAAAAAUAUGGUAGUCAAAAUUUUUAUUCAACGAACCGGGAAUCAUUUGGUCGAAAACAUCAUUGGGAUGCAUUUUUUGGUCGACGUUAA